AUGUCCACUCUUAAGGAACUCAACGGCCGCCUCACCGCCCAGCCUUACGUGUCCGGCUUCACCCCAAGCCAAGAGGACGCGCGCAUCUUCGCCGAGAUGUUCGGCUCCCGCACCGCCGUGAUUGAGUGGGCCGCCCGCAUGGCCGCGUACUAUCAAGCGGAGCGCGACGAACUCGCCGGUGCCGCAUCCUCAUCGAAGAAGGCCGCCGCUGCAGAAGAGGAUGAAGACAUUGAUCUCUUUGGUGAGGUCACAGAGGAGGAAAAGGCCGCACUCGAGGCAAAGAAGAAGAAGGACGCUGAUGCCAAGAAGGCCAAGAAGGUGGUCAUUGCCAAGUCUUCUAUUCUCUUCGACGUGAAGCCAUGGGAUGAUACAGUCGAUCUNUUAUACUUGUAA